GCAACGCGGGGUCACAGUAUUAAGACUACAGACUUAAGCACUUGUCCUCCCAACUAAGAUCUUAGUAAACAAUGGCGUCGGUUGUGAGUGGUGGUAACAUGCCUGUGAUCAACAAAACGUUCAGCAAUAUAAAAGAGAAAAUGRUGGAACUAACGAAGCAGAUUAGGGCAACAGACGAGCAAACCAAKGCUACAAAGAUGGCUUCUAGGGAGGAGUUUGCGCGGGAAAGAAUUGCUGUAAAUAAUCAGUACGCCAUACGCGACAAAAUGCAAGAAAUUGAUACAAAAAUAGACAAGAUUGAAACUAAACGAGAGUGGAUUAAGGAGAGGUUGUUUGUAGCUUCGAGGAGAUACGAAGAGAACGUAAAAAUGUGCCAGAGUUUAGAACACAAUAGAAUUGACGUUCCAUCUUUUGACGAGCGAAUGGAGAUGGCAAAGRAACGACUAGCAACUAUCGCUGARGAAAUGGUCACSAAGAAUAGAAAGAUAGACUCUCUGAAAGCUAAAGUUGAAGCGGCUGAGAAGCGAGAGCUUAAGGCACGCAUAAGAAUUGAACAUUUUGAGGAAAUUCAACGCUCAAGAGAACAAACGCGACGUACUGAGUCACUCAACUAYAAGCCGAAAAGCGACGAAGAGUAUUUGGAAGAGAUAAAUGAGCUAAGAGAACAGCUUUCCGAAGCUGUGAGAAAAUUCCAAGCUAAGGAAACAAAGCAGGCUACGUUGGAAAGAAAAGAAGUAGAAAUUGAAGCUCACAUACAAAACACAAAGAAAAAGAUCUUGUCAGUAAAACAAGCACAGCACGAGAUGAAGGGGACGAAGAUGUAAAUGGAAUUGCAUCGAAUAAAAAACUGGAGCUCAAAACGAUCAUAAUAUUGCAGCAAAGAAAAAUAUAACGAACUACUAACUAAGGCAGAAAUAAUUGUAAAGGAGUCACAGCUUUCUAAAYAGAUUAUUUUGAAUGCUAAUAACCAUAGCAGCCGUAAAUAGAAUUGCUGUCAAAGGACGUCGUCCUCUAUGUUAAUAUAGCUCUAAUCAAUUAAAAUUAACCUUUUUGACAAUUAAGAAAAUAGCUUUCGGUAAACUCAAGCUAUGUACUAUAUUAUGUACUAUGUAAACUCAAGGUAUACAUUGAAUAUAAAUGAAAUGUUCUAUUUUAGAGGUCAAAUUGGGUCCAUCUUGAUAAACUAAAUUAUUUUCACGUUUUGAUAUGAUAGCUCUUUAUCGUAACGCAUAGGUUGGGUACUUGUGUUUAAAGUCUAUUUUUAUAUCGUGGGUUGAAGCAUAUGAAACACUAGCAUAUGAUAAUAUCAUUAUCAUAAGCGUUAUCGUAACCUUAAUUUUAGAAUCAUAUGGUAUUUAUGUUGUAUCAUUCAUUGACGAAUAGGUCAUCUUUCCAUCUCUUCUAAAUCAAAAGAUUUGUCAAAAAUUGAAUUAAAAWAAUAGAAAAUAUUAUAGAAGCCGUCAAUACAAGACAGGUCCAGUGUUAGUAUCACGAUGUGUAUUUGGAGUAU